UUGUAAAAGAUGAGAAGAAUUUACGACGACCCUUUGAUUCAGCGAAAAACAAUGUUUUUUCGAACUCAUUUUCAGAACCCUAAAUCAAACAAUCUCAUCUUCAAUGUCUUCUUAAUAAGCUUCGAUAUAUAUCUUCAAUGGCUGAAUCAGAAAAUGGAUCGCCAGUGAGUAACCUGAAGGUGGAAGUAAGAGCAGGAAGAAUAAAAGAAACUUCACCUCGUUAUCGUAAAGAAAGUCAUGUGAGAGGAGGAGAAGAUACCAUCGAGGUGAGCACUCCAAUCAGCGAAUUUAAAGGUCAGAGUAUUUUUGAUCGAGCAAAAGAAGGAUUUGAGGCGCUUGUUGAAACGAUUCAUCCCAAGAAAGAAUAUGAUUAUUUCGUUUCCCCACCUAAAAAGGAAGAUGGAUUUCGAGCCACCAUUGGAAGAAAGUUAGAAAAAAUUACAUCUGCAAGGAGUCAUAAUCAUCAAGAUUGAGAUUAAUUUAUCUACUACCAAAUUAUGACUGUUUUUCCCCUG